AUGCCUCACCCAGUGUCGCCCCCCUCGCUGCCCACCAUGGUGUCGAAAAACGCCCCUCCCCCGCCAUCCCAGGAGGACAUUUCGGCUUUUCUACAGACAAUUUUCUCGGCAAAGAGUUCAAACGAAUCGAUCGAUGCCUGCUACGCUCUCUGCGAGAUUCUCCUCAACUCUGUCGGUAUUGCCGGCCUCGAGCCCUACGGCAUUCUCAAGGAGAUCAAGAAGGCUGCGGCUGAUAAGAAGGACGGCAUCCGACGCGAGAGCAGCCAGAACCUGCUCGGCGCCAUCUUUGAGAAGUUCCCUCCCAAGCAGCCUGCUUCCGAGGUUGUUCUUCUCUCUCUCGAGCAUGGCAUGGUUGCUUGCGCCCUCGACUCGCUUGCCGACAAGGGCAGCGUUGUCCGUGACGCCGCCCAGUACGGCCUCGAUGCGCUCUUUGCCAACUUGAGUGCUGAGGCUCUUGUUACCGGUCUCUUGCCUGUUCUCACUCAGUACCUGUCUAAGAAGACGGGUAAGUGGCAGGGAACUGUUGGCGCCUACAAGCUUCUCCAGAAGAUGGCCGACAAGUCGCAGAUGGCUGUUGGCACUACCAAGGAGGAGGCUGCUGAGAAGGAUGUUCUCCGUGAGGCUAUGGGUGCCAAGCUUGCCGCUUUGAUCCCCAUCGUCGAGGAGGGCAUGCACGAUCUCAAGUCUGAGGUCGAGAAACAGGCCGUGCAAACCAUGAACUCUCUCACCACUCUGCUCUCCAACGACGAUGUUGCUCCUCGUAUCCCUCUUCUUGUGGACACCAUGCAGCACCCUUCCAGCCAGACGCUCCAAAAGGCUAUCCAUGCUCUUUCUAUGACCACCUUUGUCGCCAUCGUCACCUCCCCCGUCUUGGCUCUGCUCACACCCUUCCUCGAGCGCUCUCUUAACAACCCCAACACUGCUCAGGAAGUCCUCCGCCAGACUGUUGUCAUUGUCGAAAACUUGACCAAGCUCGUCCACGACCCUAUUGAAGCUAGAACAUUCCUUCCUAAGCUUAUCCCUGGUGUUCAGGGUGUCUGCGAUCGCGCUUCUCUUCCUGAAGUCCGUGAGCUCGCUGAGCGCGCGCUUGCUACCAUGAAGAAGGCCAUGGGCGAGGACCAGGAUGUCGUUGCCCGAACCACUCCCGAAGAUGUCGCCAAGGUGCUUGAAGAGCAGAUCAAGCAGCACAACGGUCUUACUGGCCAGCUUGAUCUCUACACUACCAUCCGACCCUACAUCUGCGAGAUGGUUGCAACUGAUGCCAACUACCGAUUCGUCAAGCGCAUUGCUGCUCGCGUUACUCCUUACCUCCAGAACCUUACUCAGGAUGCCGAAGCCCAGGAGAAGAUUGGACAGGCUGUUGAAAACUUUUACAUCGAGGAGGACGGUCGCCGAUAUGGUGUUCCUGAGAAGGAAGACGACGGCGAAAUUGAAAUUGUUAACGCCGACUUCUCCCUCGCCUACGGUGGUAUGCUUCUCUUGUCCCAUACUAACCUGCGACUCCUUAAGGGUCACCGCUACGGACUCUGCGGACGCAACGGUGCUGGCAAGUCGACUCUCAUGCGCAGCAUUGCUAGCGGCAAGCUUGAGGGCUUUCCUCCUCAGGAUGUUCUGCGAACUUGCUACGUUGAGCACAACCAGGGCGAGGAUGCCGACAUUAGCAUUCUUGAAUUCGUUGCCAAGGACCCCGAGAUUGGUCCUCAGGGAACCGAGCACAUCUCCUCUGUCCUUGAGGAGUUCGGCUUCACAUCUGGACCCGAAGGCCGCCAGUCUCAGCGAGUUGGCUCCCUUUCUGGUGGAUGGAAGAUGAAGCUUGCUCUUGCCCGUGCCAUGCUUCAAAAGGCUGAUGUUCUCUUGCUGGACGAACCUACUAACCAUUUGGAUGUUACCAACAUUGCGUGGUUGGAGAACUACCUCAAGUCUCACCCGGAUAUCACCAGUUUGAUCGUUUCUCACGACUCCGGCUUCCUCGACAACGUCACUACCGACAUUUACCACUACGAACCCAACAAGAAGCUUGCCUGCUACAAGGGUAACCUGGCUGCUUUUGUCCAGGUUCGCCCCGAGGCCAAGAGCUACUACACUCUGUCUGCUUCCAACGUCCAGUUCAAGUUCCCUCCUCCUGGUAUCUUGACUGGUGUCAAGUCUCAGACCCGUGCCAUUAUCCGCAUGAGCAACGUCUCUUUCAGCUACCCCAACGCCCCCAAGCCUUCGCUGACGGACGUCUCUUGCCAGCUGUCUCUGUCGUCUCGUGUUGCCAUUAUCGGCCCCAACGGUGCUGGCAAGUCCACUUUGAUCAAGCUGCUCACUGGUGAGACCAUUCCUUCCAGCGGUCGCGUCGAGAAGCACCCCAACUUGCGUAUUGGUUACAUCAAGCAGCACGCCCUUGAGCACGUGGAAAUGCACUUGGAGAAGACUCCCAACCAGUACCUCCAGUGGCGUUACCAGCACGGUGAUGAUCGUGAGGUCCACAUGAAGCAGACCCGUGUUCUAUCCGAUGCCGAUCGUGAGCAGAUGGACAAGUGGAUUGAUCUCAAGGAUGGCAAGCCUGCUAAGCAGAUUGAGUCCCUGGUUGGUCGUCAAAAGUACAAGAAGACCUUCCAGUACGAGGUUAAGUGGCGCAACAUGUUGCCCAAGCACAACUCCCAGAUCUCCCGUGAGACCCUUAUUGAGCUCGGCUUCACCAAGCUGAUUCAGGAGUUUGAUGAUCACGAGGCUUCUCGUGAGGGUCUUGGUUACCGUGAGCUACAGCCCAAGGUCAUCUCCAAGCACUUUGAGGAUCUUGGUCUUGAUCCUGAGAUUGCCAACCACAACGAGAUUGGCUCGCUUUCCGGAGGCCAAAAGGUCAAGGUCGUCAUUGCUGGUGCCAUGUGGAACAACCCUCACUUGCUUGUUCUUGACGAACCUACUAACUUCUUGGAUCGUGACUCUCUCGGUGGUCUUGCCGUUGCUAUCCGCGAGUUCAAGGGUGGUGUUAUCCUGAUUUCCCAUAACGAAGAGUUCGUCGGUGCUCUUUGCUCUGAGCAGUGGCACGUCAAGGAUGGUGCUGUCGCUCUCCGCGGCACUGCUGCCAUUUCUCUCGAUCGCUUCGAGGAUCAGACCCCCGGUACCUCUGCUGCCCCUUCCACUGUCCCCUCGUCCAACGUCUCUUCUGCCGUUCCUUCUGCCGUGCCCUCGGCUGUCAACUCCGACGCUGAAGGCAGUUCGGACAUGAAGUUCCGCGCCCGCAAGAAGAAGAAGAUGACCAAGAAGGAGCUCAAGGAGCGUGAGGCUCGUCGCCGCUUGAGACACAUUGAGUGGCUUAACAGCCCCAAGGGCACUCCUCACCCUCCUGACACGGAUGACGAAGAGUAA